AUGGGGAGAGACAGCCGAGCCAACUCGCAACAUUCACUGCCUGACAAGGAAGCAGAGGUUCAAAUCAUCGAGCAGGCGCAGGUCACAGAGGCCGAGUCCUACCUCCAACAUUUCGAUCUUCUGGCUGGCAAGUCAAAAGACGAAAUAGAAAAGUUGAACAAGAAAGUCCUGCGAAAGCUCGACUGGAAAUUCUUGCCAUGCAUCACCGCCAUGCUGCUGAUGAACUAUCUGGACCGCAUCAAUGUCUCCAACGCGCGCCUUGCCGGAAUGCAAGAGGAUUUGCACAUGAGUGACGUUGAAUGGUCUGCGGGUAUCUCGCUGUUCUACGUCGGCUAUAUCAUCUCGCAAAUUCCUGCCAACGUCAUCAUCGCCAAAGGAAAACCUAGAGUCCUCCUCCCUGCCGUCAUGCUGGCUUGGUCCGUCGUAACCAUCUGCAUGCCUGCCGUCACCGCUCCUUGGGGCUUUAUGCUCUGUCGCUUCUUGGUCGGUGUGACCGAAGGACCUUUCGUUCCUGCGGUGGCGCUUCUCACUUCAUCUUGGUACACAAAGUCAGAAUCCCCACUGCGUAUGGGCAUCUGGCAUGCUGGCAACAUUAUUUCAAACGUCAUCUCCGGUCUACUGGCCGCUGGCAUUCUGCAGAACAUGAAUGAAGUCGCUGGUCUCCAUUCCUGGCAAUGGUUUCUGCUGCUUGAAGGCAUGGUCAGUAUCGUUGUAGCGAUCGCAGCGUUUUGGCUCCUGCCCAACUGGCCCUCGACAACUGGAACAUACUUCUUCACCCCCGAAGAGGCUCAGAUGUCACAGUACAGACAGAUGGUGUCUGCUGGCGGCAAAUCGGAGGAUGAUGAAGGUGAUUACUGGGGUGGCUUCGUCAUGGCUAUGAAGGACCCCUUUACGUGGUGCUUUGCAGCAAUGCACUUUGCCUUGAUCGUGGCACAGUCUUUCAAGGAUUUCUUCCCUUCGAUCGUGGCUACUCUCGGCUUUGGCGAAACUGAGACGUAUCUUAUCCAAGCUCCACCCUACCUGAUCGCCUACUUUGUCACGCUUGCGGUUUCGUGGUCGUCUGGCCGCAUGCUCGAGCACUGUUGGCAUAUCGUCGGCUCCAUUUCCGUCUGUCUAGUUGGCGCGGCCGUAAUGAUUAGCACCCUCAACACGGGAGCCCGAUACUUCAGCUUGAUCCUGCUCUGCUCUGGGCCGUUUGUUGGCCUUAAUAUCCAACUCUCCUGGGAAACCACUGUGGUGCCACGCCCGCGAACCAAGCGAGCUGCCCUGAUUGCCUUCGCAAAUUGUGUAUCGUCUGUCUCGCACUGGUUUACACCAUAUUUCUUCCUCCGUUCCCAGGAACCUCGAUACCAAACUGGAGGUGGGGCGAUCAUCGCAGGCACCGUCCUCGUCAUCAUAAGCUGCCUGGUGACUCGAUGGUGGUGCAUGCGCAAGAACAAGGCGCUCGAGGCUCGACAGACUCAGACUGGUGAAGUCAACUCUUGGAGAUAUGCCACUUAG